ACCACCUGUUCAUAUAUUAUCAUUUAUCAAAAUGCACUUCUACCAUUUGGCCUUCUCAGCUCUUGCUGGACAGGCUCUUGCUGCUCCAUCAGCAGCAGCUAGUGCUACUCCAACGCCGCAAAAUUGGCUAUACAGUCCUCAAAUUGAUGAUGUGGCCUUGAACCUCCUGGAUCGACAUGACAUUGUUGGAGUUCAAGCUCAAUAUACCUGGAAGUCCCUUGAGCCAACUGAGGGUUACUAUAACUUUUCCAAAAUCACGCGCGAUUACAAAAAUGUACUCGGCAAAGGCAAGAAGCUCUGGGUUCAGGUUCAAGACAGAACCUUUGACCCCUCUAAUGAUCCUGUCCCUGGAUAUUUGCAUACACCAUACUACAACAAUGGAAGUGCACCAUCUUGUGAUGGAAACUGCACUAGUGAGAACUUCAAUGUCACUGGCUAUGUAGCGCAGCAAUGGAAUGCGCGAGUGCGUUCUCGUUACCAGGCCCUCUUGAAGGAGUUGGCUCAUGACUUUGAUGGUAAAAUUACUGGCCUCAAUUUACCGGAGACGUCCAUCACUGUGGAUGUAACCGCGAAUAACUACACCGACGAGGGCUAUUUCCUGGGCGAACUGGAGAACGCCGGCUAUGCAGCCAGUGUUUUCAAGAAGAGCUAUGCCGUGCAGUAUGUCAACUUUUGGCCUGAUGGAUGGAAUAACACGAACAACCGUUUCACCGACUCCUUUAACUAUUACGCGAAGCAUGGCGUGGGUGUUGGCGGACCUGACUUGAUCCCGAACAAGCCAGGACAGAUGAAAAACUCAUACGUCUAUAUCCCGGAGUAUCACAACAAGGUACCGAUUACCGUUAUCGCCGUCCAGCAACCCGACGUGCUGAAUGAGACCAAUGCGGCUACCGGAAAGCCAUUUACCAAGGAAGAAUUUGUUGAUUUCGCUGUUAACGAUCUCAAGAUUGAUAUUAUCUUUUGGACGACAAUUAUCCCUUGGCUGCAAGGCAAAUGA